CUGUGGGGCCGGCUUAGCAGCAGCGGGCGCUGCUCCCGCUCAGACUGGCCGUGCAGCUGCUCGGAGCAGUCACAAGAUGCGGGCGGUCAUUGCUUUAAUCGCUAUGCUCAGCAGCCUGCUUCUCUUCGUGUGCCUCCUCUGGCUCACAGCAGACGGGUCCCUCAGCACCAGGAGCUGGGAGGAGGAGGCCAAAUCAACUACUGAUGUCACACCUAAAGGGCUGAGAAAACUCAGGUCCCCUUUAACAUCUGUCCAGCUUGCUACUCAAACCGAGAACAGAACAACUCUCAGAAAUGCAAUUUACCAACUUCAACAGGCUUCAAAAUGUAAGGAGAUGCAGGACAACAUUUGGUCUUCAUCUAUCAAGAAGAAAAGGUACUCUGAAGAUUAUUACCUUCAGAUAGUGACAAAAAUACAGAACUGCACAUGGAAAAGAAGACCAGAAGAAUAUAUAAAAUUUAGGUUAGAACUAGCUUCCUGCUGUGAUGCUGUUCACAACUUUAUUGCUUCUCAAAACAAUACCCCGCUGGGAAGUAACAUGAGUUAUGAGGUGGACAAUAAAAAGACUAUCCUCAUCACAGAGGACAUUUUUAGGAUGCUGCCUGAGUCCCCACCCCUUCUGGGCUAUCCUUUUAAGCACUGUGCAGUGGUUGGAAAUGGGGGCAUUCUGAAAAAUUCCAGCUGUGGAGCUGAAAUCGAUAACUCUGACUUUGUAUUUAGGUGUAACCUUCCCCCAACCACAGGAAGCAUUAGCAAAGAUGUUGGCAAUAAAACAAAUCUCGUGACUGUUAAUCCAAGUAUCAUAGCACAGAAAUACAACAAGCUGAAUGAAAAGAAGGUGACAUUUCUGGAGAACAUUGCAAGUUAUGGAAAUGCUUUCCUUUUAUUGCCAGCAUUUUCCUUCAAAAGCAACACAGGUACUUCUUUCAAAGUAUACCACACUCUACAAGAAUUCAGAGCAAAACAGAGGGCGAUAUUUUUUCAUCCCAGGUACCUGAAAAGUCUAGCCCAGUUCUGGAGAACGAAGGGCGUGAAAGCAUAUCGACUGUCUUCUGGUUUUAUGAUUGCUAGUGCUGCUAUUGAACUGUGUGAGAAUGUGAAGUUGUAUGGCUUCUGGCCUUUCUCUAAAACCACAGAGGAGAUGCCAAUCAGUCACCACUAUUAUGACAACCAACUGCCCAAACCAGGUUUCCAUGCAAUGCCCAAAGAAUACAACCAGAUUCUCCAACUUCAUGGAAAGGGCAUUCUGAAGCUGCAGUUUGGUAAAUGUGACUCAGACUGAAAAGGGUGGUGAUUCCAAAGGAGAACAUUUGUGUAUAUCUCAAAAGUUUGGUAAUGGAUUUGAUAUGAUGUUGUUUUGUGAGCAUUAAACUGCACUAUUAUAAUUUGGAAAUAUUUUACACUUAAGGAGAAAAGUGAAUGAUUUUUGACAUAGUGAUUGCUACAUUUUUGAACUUCUUGUAAUCAAAAUUGUUUAUGCAAACAAAAUUUAUCUGGAAAAUCUUUGGAACUCCUGACUAUUGGUUAAAUUUAACAAACCACAAUCUCAAGAUUGUGCCACUAUAUGACUUCUGUAAUGGUUUGCUUGUUAAAUUAUUAUAAUUUAAAAAUGUUUUGACAUUUUUGUUCUUUUCAUAUAAGAUGUACAAAAGUGUGUAUUUAUUAGCUCCCUGGUAUGAUGUGUUAGAUUUGGCAAUGGACUUUUUCUACUGAAGGCAUUGAUCCUGCAAAUUCCUCCACUAAGUGGAAUAGUUAUUGCAGAAAAAUUUAUUUUGAUUGUGGAGUAGAGUGCCCGCACUAGGGUGUUAUACCACCAGUCAGUUUCCCCAAGUAGAUAAGCCCUUACCCCUGUGUUUAAUUUUACGCACUGCGAGUAACCUCGUGGAUGUAAUAGGACUACUUGUUAGCAUGUGUGUAGGCUUUUGCAGGAUCAGAGACCUAUAAUUUUUUUUUUAAACAAUAGUUUGUUUAAUUGUAUUCUCUUGUUGGUUCAGUUCAACUCCUGCUAAGGACAAUGGGCUGGAUUCUAUGCUGUGCCUCCUAGAACCCUGGUAGUGCACACCAUUAUGGGCAUUUCUCCUCCACCACAGUCAGGGCCGGCUUUAGGAAGUGCGUGGCCCAAUUUGAACAGUUUCAGUGGGGCCCUGGCAGGGAUGACUUUAAAAAAAGCAUGUAAAAAAAUACAUGGGGCUUGUAUUCACCAGGCAGUGCUCCCUGUUUUCAGUGGCACUUCGGCUGCAGGUCCUUGCCUCGCUCCAGGUCUUCAGUGGCACUGAAGGACCUGCCACUGAAGUGCCACCGAAGACCCAGAGCAAGUGAAGGACCCGCUGCCAGAGUGUCGCUGAAGACCCGAAGCGAGCGAAGGACCUGCUGCCUAAGUGCCAUUGAAGACCAGGAGCACCGCCAGGUGAGUAAACAUUAAAAAGGCACCUCUAGCCAGAGAAGGGAUUCUCACUGGGUGCAGGGCCCUCUUAGGCGCGGGGCCCAAUUCGGGGGAAUUGGUGGAAUAGGCCUAAAGCCGGCCCUGACCACAGUUGUACAUCUCUGCCCAUAUACGAAAUAGAGCUGUCAGCCGAAGAAACCAACUGCAAAACCUCAGUCACCCUUUAUGUUUCUUCCUGCAGCUCACUGACAUCAAGACACAAAAUCUACCAAGGAGUUAGGACAUCUGAGGCAUUCCAUUAAAACUCUACAGUAGAGCUGUUCCAGUGUUCUGCCCCAAGCUGCGUGCCCUAUGCCAGGGAUUCUAGUGGGGGUGGGGCUGUGUAUGGACAGCCCCAUACUAGUCUUGUGAUGAAGCAGUUCUCCCCUGGUGACUCCUGUAUGGUCCUUAAACACCAGUGAAGAAGCAUAUAGGGUCCAGAGCAGAGGCAAAGUUGUCCCUUCUGGAAAGAACCCUGUUAACUUUAGCGGUAGUUGGACUGAACCUUUGUUCCUGUGCUUUUGAUUUACAGGAAGUGAUGUUCUGUUCCUUUGCACAUUAUUACUCACAGAUUUUAAUAUAGAAUAGGACAAAAUUCUAAUAACCUGCUUCUGCUACCAGCAGAAUCUCCAUGAUCUCUUGGAGAGUCUAUUGAAUGGCCAAAUGAAAUAUAUAAUUUUUUUUAUCCUUUGUACAUAUUGUGCUCAAUCUCAGAUAUAUGUUUACUAAACAUCAUCUUUGACUAUAGAACACUAAUUGUUCACUCUACAUUAGAUUAAAUAUCCCAAUCAUUGAACUCAGCUGUGAGCAAAGUAUUGGAGGAAAAAAAGACUGUUUAAAUAAAGUGAAUAUAAAAAAUAUACUGUUUUUUUGUUUUCUUGAAAUUUUGUUAUAGAAAUAUUCCUACCCUCCUGUGAAAUUGAAGUAUAUUUAGUAUAUUUGUAAUUUACACAUGUUUUGUAUGUGCAUUUUUAUAUCUGCUUCGUAUUUGGCCCUUAUGUUUAUAUUCUUAAUCUUAGUUACAUCAAAAUGCCUAAUAAAAUAAAAUAAUUAUUAAAUUCUAUUAGAAUAAGACAGAAGUUACAGAAUAUUUCCAAAAAUAGGGGAGGAAGGGGAGUGAUGCAUCUGAAUGGCAGAAUUUUGAGACUAUCACAUUGAAUUCUCCAUUAGCAAGUAACUCUUCACCUGUCAUUUUGAACAAUUGCUUCCUGGAGUUACUUCCUCUAGAAAAGUCAGACCAAGUAAAGACCCAUGUUACACAAAGAGACUUCAUUAUCCUGGUGGUUUCAGAAGUGAGAGAAUCUUUCUUCCAUUUGCCUUUUUUAUUUAUAGGAGGUAUUCCAUUGGAAAAAACUUUGGAUCCCCCCCCCCGCGCACACACACAUUUGCCUUUCUUGUGACUCCGCUAGUUGACUACAGAAUGAUCCAGUAUAAAACUCUUACAUACAGACAUACUAAGGGACAGAUUUUGAAACUUAACCUCCGGUUGUGCAAGGGCAGCUUGUGGGUUCAAAUAAUCUCACCUAACAUCCUGAUCUGCAACUGGAUCACCUGAGUGCACCCCUGCAGACCCUCUCCUGAAUUCACACAGUGUGGAAUCCAAAAUGAUCAACACAGGUGCAGGGGUGUUUAUGGGUAGAUCCAGUUCCAGAAUCUAUCUCUUUGAAAUCCAGCUACCUGAUUGUACAUAUCAGUUAGUUAAAUAUUUUGGUGAGAUUAAUUGUGCCUGUAGACAAUUGCAAAGCUGACAGAUGCAAAAUCAUGGCUGCAAAUUGAGAUACUGGUUGAAGCAGAUUUAGGAAUUAAGCUUCUUUACAGACCAUCUCUACUUUUGUUUUAGUCGAUGUGAUGCAUAGACUCUAAUUAAUGGAGAGUGGUAAAUGGGGAAAUUCUAAACUACAUGACCAUUUAUAAGGUUAUAAGUAAACAUACGUUUUCAUUUUCAAGAUCACUCCAUCCAUCAUAACACAUAACUAUGGUCUCAGACAGGUUUAAAACUUGUGUCCCUUGCUUGAGGUUUCAGUGUCUCCAAAAUGUGUAUUGUUUUUGGCUUCACUUUUAUUUUGUUUCUUUUAUUUGUGAAUAUCACAGUAGUUAUUACACAUCCUUUGAGCUGUUAUGACUUGCAUUUCACCGGAAAAAAAUGACGCUGAUAGUGUAGGCUCUACUAAUGUUAUUUCCAAAAAGGUCUCUUAAAGAUUUAUCAUUGCAUAUUUUUAUGCUUUAAGAUAUAAACUUGCUAUUGUCUGUUCUCACACAUUAGGCUAUUACAGUAUAAUGUACAAAUGUCUCUUUGCAGCAUUUAGGCAGAGGCAUGCAAUGCCCCUCUACUGUACGUGUGCAUAACCACUUGUUUUUAUAACAGGAAAUCGAGGUGAAGUUGUAUUGUUGAGACAUCAAUCAGUGGAUUUUAAUUUAUACUUUGUUUUAUGUUUUUAAGUGCCUAACGAUUUUAUGUCAAAAAAAACCCCAUUGAUUUCACUGUUACGAUGCAUUCUUAAGACACUGCACCAGUUCCAUAUUGUUCUGUAAUGGAAUAUUUUUGCAAUUUCUGUUUGGAAAUAAAGACUUAUUAGACAUA